AGUUGUCAACUGCCCGGGACCCUUCACUAACUCGUUCCACCAUAUCAUGACAUCAUUUUCAUGCAUAAGUACCAUCUCUCCAGGAUCGCAAGAUGGCUGACUGUUGUCCGGACAGCAAACUCUCCACAGCCGCAAACAUCAUCGGCCUCCUCACUUUCACUCUCUCGGCGCUCAAUCUUUUGAUAGUCCGAGUUCUUCGAAACGAAAGCAAGAUAAUCAAACAACUCCGGAAAGGGGGGUGGAAGAAUUCCCUCAACGCCUUGGAACAGAAAAUACGUUACAUUCGGCUCUUUAAUCCGGCUUUCGCGGGCUUUGGAAGGGAUAACAUGCAUCCCGACCACGCUUCCGGAAUCCCUCGGGUACCAGAUGUCGGAGCACCCGGAGAAAGGUCAGACCUGGAAGAGAAGCAGCCAGAAGAACGGUUUACCGAAAUCUUAAAAGAUGUUCAGAGAUGUUACGACCAGGGAAAGGUCACCAUCAACGAAACAGAAGCCAUUCAGCACCUUCUCGCCGAACAGAUUAGCCUUGCUGGCUACGCAAGAGCUACGAGACGAUUGAUAUUGCGAUGGGAUGUGGAGAACUUUUACGAGGCAUCAGUGUCGGUCUGCAGACAACUCUACAAUUGGCGAGAAUCGCGUGAGGCUGUGGAUAAACUUGAGGAUAAUUACCAGGAGUUGAAUUCGAUUGUAGCUCACGUUGACUCUCUAAUCCUGGUUAUGCAAGGGAUUAAGUUACUGCAACUACAAAGGACAAUCGAUCGUCAAGCAAGCACCAUAGUCGACACAGUGAACACCAUCAACACUCGCUCACCAACAGAACCUACACCAAGCGCACCACCAUACUAGAUCACAUCAUUUUCCCUUAU